CGACCCGCCGGUUAAAACUUAUAUUAUGUCGUGUGACUACAGUCUACAACUGACGCAUAUGUAACCAAUCAGAGACUCAGAAGCAGAACAGAUCAUCGACCAUCGAUGGACGACAAAAACACAAAAAACUUUUCCUUUGUUAAUAGCAAACAAACCGUGUAAAUACGUAUGUACUAUCAUAGUGUAUCAGUGCGACAGUUUUAUUACAGUGUCUAUAAUAUUUUUUCCAUGUUCUGUGACUUGUUUAACUUUUUAAGUUAUAACUGGAAAUUGGAAACCGAUAGACUGGACAACCAGAAUACGAGUGUCGAGUUUUCUUAUGGUAUCGUCAUUGUUUCAUGAUUAUUAUACCGUAUAAUACUAUAAUAUUAAUCAUCGAGUUACACAACAAAACUAUUUUCAAAACUCUCGAAAAAUUGUUAACCGUAUCAGAAUAAUUCAUUAAAUUUAUUGAAAUCAUUAAAGCAGUAGCACACUAGCACAUAUCUACUUUGGUAAAUAUUAUUAAUUAACAUUUUAUAUAUUUUAUUCUAUUAAUUAGGUAUACCUAACUGAAUAAUUUGCAGAGGUUGCUUUUAAUACAUAUUUAUUGUUAUUGGGUGAUUGGAAAUUAUACUGAGUGUUUUUAGAAGGUUUAAGGUCUUCGUAUAAUAGAUUAAAAAAACAUCGCCAAUUGAAACGGUCAGCUAUUGAAGAAUUGUGUAUGAUAUCAAGUAAUGAAUCAAGUGUUGUUGAACAAAUUAUAAUUGAAAAUUCAGAUUCUUCCUCAGAUAUUUCUUUAAAAUACAAUAAUAUUAGUAAUUUGACAAAUUGCUCUUUUGAGUAUACUAACCGAUCUCCAGAUAAUGUCACCUUAAAUCAUAAUGAAUCUCCGAUUUCAUAUCCAUCUUCUCUGGAAUCAUCAAACUUGGACGGAAGCUCUAGUGGAGGAAGUUUAAAUCAAGAUGAAAAUGAUACAGCAACUACUUUCCGUGAUAAACUUCAAAGCUGGGCUGUUAGGUUCAGAAGUAACCUAACCAUUGAAACAAUAGAUGGCUUAUUAGACUUGUUACGGACUGAACAUUUCUAUGAUCUGCCAAAAUCAGCAGCUGCUUUAUUGAAAAAAAAUCAAAUAAAAAUAUAAAAACUAUAAUGAGCUCAAAGAACACUAAUGGCUCCUAUGUAUACUUUGGUAUUGAAGAAAAUUUAAAACAAAUAAUAAUUGACGAAUAUGUUGAUGAUAAUCUACGUUUAUUGUUUAACAUAGAUGGUUUGCCUUUGUUCAAUCAUUCAAACCAACAGUUUUGGCCCAUUUCAGGACUUAUUCUGCACAAUGAGUACAAAUCAAAACCAUUUAUUGUGUCUGUUUACAAAGGUGAUUCAAAACCAAAGAGUAUAGUUGAAUUUUUGGACGAUUUUGUUAAAGAAGUUAAAGUUUUAGUUCAGAAUGGAGUGACUAUUGGAUAUAGACAAUUUAAAGUAGAUAUUGUUGGAUUUACUUGUGACACACCUGCAAGAUCGUUCUUAAAACAAUGUAAGGGUCAUGGAGGCUUUUAUGCUUGUGAGCGUUGUGAAACCAGAGGCAAGACUAAAAACAAAAAAAGGGUGUAUACCAGUGUAAAUUCUAAGCGACGUUCUAAAAAAAGUUUUAUAAAACAAAGUCAAGCUGAACACCAUUUAGAAGAAAGAUCACCUUUAUUAGAUAUACCACACUUUGAUCCCAUUAACUCAGUAUUUUUAGAUUCUAUGCAUUUGCUUUACUUAGGAAUUAUGAAAUGGAUAUUGAAUAAAUUGCUUGGAACAAAAGGAGUUAAGGUGGUUCCAGUCGAUCAAAAAAAAUCGUUUUUAGAAGUCCCGCUAUGACAAAAUUGUGAGACUUCGGAUGGUUCGAUUUUAAUGCUGUAAAAAUAAUAACAUUUCUUAACAUCUACUCUGUAGAACCGUCGGAGUAAUUUUUCUAAGUUUUAACUUUUGACAGUAUUAUAAUAUCAUGCAAAUUUCAGUUUUUACAACAUUUUCAUUCAAUCAUAUGUAUUGAAUAAAUUAAUAUUUAUAAAAAAACUCUUCGUCCGUUCUUUAGAGGAGGUGUUAAAUUUUUUUAGGA